UGAAUUGGAGCAAUUUCACAUCAGCGCUAAGCAAACAGAAUUUUGGAAGUUGAAGGGCAGCGCCGCGCCAUGCGAGGGAGGAACUUGGGAUCUUCUUCAUCAAUGUCCAUUUCCAUGUCCGCCCACAUCCAAAGAUCCAACCGAUCUCCACUUCUACUCUUCACUCUCUCUCUUCUCGCCAUUUCCGUUCUCUUCAUCCUCGUAUCUCUCUCCCCUUCGAAUCCCAAUCCGCCCCCUUUCCGCGAUCCAAUUUCGUCUCACAAACCCCCCGAGACUUCGUUCGUCACCUCACUCGAAGAUUUCCUUGCUUACAAGGCUCCAAAAUCUCCUCCGCUUCGCGAUGACACGGCUCCUGAGGACGGAGAUGUUGAAGACGCGCCGAGGAGGCUCGAUGAGGCAAUUUCUGAGGCAGAAAUGGGGCGGGCGGUUGGAGAUCCUUAUUAUCCUUUGGGAUCGCCUGUUCGAGUUUAUGUUUAUGAUAUGCCGUGGAAGUUUACAUACGAUUUGCUAUGGUUGUUUAGGAAUACCUACAGAGAGACCUCUAAUCUCACCUCCAAUGGCAGCCCCGUGCACCGCCUUAUUGAACAGCAUUCUAUUGAUUACUGGUUGUGGGCCGAUUUAAUUGCUCCAGAGUCAGAGAGGCUCUUAAAAGGUGUAGUGAGGGUUCAUCGGCAGGAGGAAGCAGACCUCUUUUAUAUCCCCUUCUUCACAACUAUCAGCUUCUUCUUGUUGGAGAAACAACAGUGUAAAGCACUUUACAGGGAGGCUUUAAAGUGGGUGACAGAUCAACCUGCAUGGAAACGAUCGGAAGGAAGGGAUCAUAUACUUCCAGUCCAUCAUCCAUGGUCUUUUAAGACAGUUAGAAAAUCUAUGAAGAACGCCAUUUGGUUGCUACCAGAUAUGGACUCUACAGGAAACUGGUACAAGCCCGGGCAAGUCUAUUUGGAAAAGGACCUUAUCCUUCCCUAUGUUCCAAAUGUUGAUUUGUGUGACAGCAAAUGCUUAUCAGAUGCGCAAUCGGAGAGAAGCAAACUGCUCUUUUUCCGUGGUCGGCUCAAAAGAAAUGCUGGAGGAAAGAUAAGGUCAAAACUUGUUGGAGAGUUAAGUGGUGCAGAUGGUGUAGUAAUAGAAGAGGGAACAGCUGGAGAAGGAGGGAAAGCAGCAGCUCAGGCUGGAAUGCGCAAGUCUAUCUUUUGCUUAAAUCCUGCUGGCGACACUCCAUCAUCUGCUAGAUUGUUUGAUGCCAUUGUCAGCGGUUGCAUUCCUGUCAUUGUUAGUGAUGAAUUGGAGCUUCCAUUUGAAGGAAUACUUGAUUACAGAAAGAUUGCGUUAUUUGUUUCCUCUAGCGGUGCUCUAAAAGCAGGAUGGCUUUUAACAUAUUUGAGGAGUGUUAGUGCUGCUGAUAUCAGAAGACUGCAACAAAAUCUUGCCAAGUUGUCAAGACAUUUCCUCUAUUCCAGUCCAGCUCAACCCAUGGGUCCAGAAGACUUGGCUUGGAAAAUGAUAGCAGGUAAGUUGGUGAAUAUAAAGCUUCAUACGAGGAGAUCGCAGCGUGUAGUGAAAGAAUCCAGAAGCAUUUGUACUUGUGAUUGCAGGCGUGCAAAUUUUAGUACCUCCACUUCUCCUUCCUUGUGAUUUCAACUGAUCGCAGAGCCAGUGGUUCCGAUUGGGACCAAAGAUUACUCCAAAAACUCCAAGGUUUGAGCUUCAUAGGGAAGAAAAUUUUUAUUUUCCUCUCUCUCUUAUUUGUUUCGUCGUGGGAAUUUGUAGUGAAUGACUGAUCAUUUUUCAAUAUUUUUUUGCUUUAGAAUAUCAUUUUUUAAAAUAUUUGCGGAAUAUUAUAGUUUCAAGCUCGUGAUCGA